AUGUCCACCAGCGACUUACAACGUGAUGCAAGAUUCGCUUGUCAAUCAAGCGCUGCCCGACUCGGUACAGCAGGAAAAGCCUGCCAUCGGACCAUCGUCCGUGCGCACAUGGUUGGCUGGAAGCUGGAGAUGAACGAGACGGCGGAAGUUGGCGGUGACAAGUCCCCGUGCGCUCGUCUGAACUAGCAAAGAAUCAGCAACGAUGGCUGCUCUCAUCUUCUGCGGCACCAGACCAGAGCUUAGUUAGACCGGGCUACAGCGUCAAUAAUUCACAUCCAAGCUCGCGCUCCUGGGCGGCCCUGGACGAGCCACAGUCGCUGGAGCUGCGGCAAACUUACUUUUUUUUGACGGC